AGAUGAUAGGGAAAAGGAAUAAAAUAAAUAAUAAUAUAAAUAACUUAUUAUAAUGAUUGGGCGAAUAAUUCAAUUUAUCCAUUAAAAAUCAGUACAAUAUUUUAGGUACUAUAUUAUAAUCACUUCCAGACAUUCCGACUUCGUAGUCAUUUUUGUACUAUUUAGUAUUUAAUAAGUAAAUAGUUCCAUUCAAUUUAUUUAAAAUGACAGAAAACAAAGAAUUCAAAGAAACUAAAUUUAAAGAAUUGGUAUCCUACAGUGAACCGGCUCUUCGCAAUAAUUCUUCAGUCGUCGAAUACUGCCGUACUUCAAUGUCUGCUUUAUCUGGGUGUACUGCUGGCAUUCUAGGAUUGACUGGACUAUCUGGAUUCAUAUUCUACAUAUUUUCCGUUUUAGCAUUAUGGGGUUUGUUAUUGUUCAAAGCAGGAAACUUGUGGCAAAAAUAUUUUCUUAAUAGACAUAGUCUAUUCACUGGAGGUUUUUUCAGUGGACUUUUUACAUAUGUAUUAUUUUGGACAUUUUUAUAUGGUAUGGUACAUGUCUAUUAAUUAUUUUUCUUCUUGUAUUCUUAUGAUUUUUUUUUUUAAAGUCUGAAAUAAAUUGUGUAUCUUAGAUGUAUUAUGCUGUGAAAAUUAAUAAUAAAAACAAUUUAUUGCUUUAUAAGGUAUUAUAAUAAU